AUGUCUUCUCGGGCUAACAAGCUUGUGCCAGAAAAACUUGUCAUCAAGGUCAAUCGCGACAAGCAAGUGCUGGCCAUUGCAUUUCUCUUCAAAGACCAACACUUCAUCGUCUGUCUUCACGACGGUCGUCUCCAAGUCAGAGAAGCGAAAACUGGCAAACUUCUGGGUGAUCCUUGGCAGGAUACAGAGGGAAGCCAAAUUUGUGCAAUCAACGUAUCACCAGAUGGUGGGCGCGUCGCGACUGGCAGCAAAGAUGGCAAAAUACGAGUGUGGAAGUGGAAUGGAAAAACCGCGAAGAUAAUUGCCGAAUCAAAGAAGCACACUCAUGGUACUGCAGCAAAUUGCAUAUGCUGGAGUCGACAUGAUGGUGGCGCUUACAUCGCUAGUGGCUUUGACGAUGGCAGCGUAGCAGUCUGGCCACUACUCACACGACGGCACACAACUCCUCCGCAGGAGAUUCAGCUGGAUGAAGUCAUCAAAAUUUGCAACAAUCCCAACAAUGUAUCAAGCGCAACAUGGGCUAUGACUACAGACAUGCAUGCGAUCGUCGCCGGCCUAACAGAUGGGAAGAUUAUGAUACUUGAACUUCCGGAAGGUCAACCGUUAGAGCUUGAGGGACCAGGUCACUCCGACCUUGUCUGCGCCGUCGUACUGUCACUUCCAAACAAACGUGUACUUGCAAGUGCCUCUCAUGACCGUACCCUCCUCUUUUGGGAUCUCGGUACCAAGCAAACAAUUUGUCAACCACUCCUGCACUCCGCAGAUGUGACAUGUGCAGCAUUCGCAACCAAUGGGACCUUAGUAGCCACUGGUACUUGCGAUGGAGAAGUCUACCUUUGGGAUGUGGCAGACUUUCUCUCUAAUGCAAUGCCAAUGGAGGAUGCGAAUGGUCGUGACAGAGGCACGACUGCUAGACCUUCUCUUAACUUUGACCCUAACUCGCCAAUCCCUACCUGCCAACGUGAAGCCCGACAACCACUAGUACCCCCAUCCCUCGACACUCCGAAUCAUGUAAAACCAAUAUACGGUCAGGAUUUCUUUGACAAUGUGCGUCCUGCAGUCGUAGAUAGUCCCACUCCAAGUGUUAGCAGGCGAUUUUCUAUAUCCCGGCCUAUUAAAGUUGCUGCAUCACGUAUGCAACAGGCAUUGAGGGUAUCCCGAAUACAAAUUGAAAGGCCUCUGACGAACGUGCACCUGGGUGACAUUCAAGAAGAAAGACAAAAUCACCACGGGCAACAUCAAGUAACCAGUGGCAUUCCGCUUACCACAUUCGAACAGCAAUCAGGGGUGACAAAUGAACCGACCACACGAGGCGCUGUUCUUAUACGACAUACUCGCUUGGUCAAUGCCUUGUUACGCAUGGGGUGCAUACCCCAGUACCCCGAUCAGGUGGAUUGA